AUGAGUUCAGAUCGUCAAUGGAUGUACAAAAGAUUAACCAAAGGUCUAUAUGAUCCUGAAUUCGUAAGGGGUGUACAACAUUUUAUUGAGUUUGCUAUGAGUCAUCCAGAAGGGAGGGACGUUGAGAGACUAAGGUGCCCAUGUAACCGAAAGAAAUGUCAAAAUAGAAACUUUGAAAAUGUUCAUACUGUCCAUGGUCAUUUAUUAAAAGAAGGUUUUGUACCGGGAUAUCAUGUAUGGUACUUGCAUGGAGAAAAUGAAGUUGCGAGAAGCAUAGAUCAAGAUGAAAGGAUACCACAGGAUCAUACUAUGAAUAACCUACUCGUGAAUGUUGGUGCAUUUGAUGAUCCUACACCCACUACAUCAUAUCAUAGAAUGGUUCAUGAGGCUGCUGGUCCCGCAUUUGUUCCAGAUGAUAUGGAAGAAUUACCUAAUCCUGAUGUCCAAAGUUUUUAUGAUAUGCUUGAUUCUGCAAAUCAAGAAGUGUGGCCUGGUUGUGAAACACACUCAAAAUUAUCAGCUGUUUCUUUUUUGUUGCACAUCAAGACUAAACACCACCUCUCUGAUAGACGUUUUGAUGAAACUUGUCAGUAUAUGAGUGAGAUGCUUCCGCCUGAUAAUGUGAUGCCAAAAAAUUUCUAUGAAACUAAAAAGUUAAUGAGGGGAAUGAACAUGUCAGUUGAAAAAAUUCAUACUUGUGUCAAUGCCUGCAUGAUUUACUGGGGAGAGGAUAGUGAGCUUGUAAAUUGCAAGUUUUGUAGUCAUCCCAGGUACAAGCCUACAAGUCAAAGAUCUGUUUCAAAGAAAAGUCUUGUACCAUUUAAACAGAUCUAUUACUUUCCUCUUACUCCACGGCUGCAACGACUGUAUGCUUCCAAAGCAACUGCUUCGCACAUGCGAUGA